AUGGCAAAGAAGAGCAAAGGAGUGAAAAAGAGUGGUAAGAACAGAAGCUCGAGAAAGAUUAUCGAUGCAUAUCAAAUUGCAGAAAGACAAGAGAAUCAAAGUCACCCUCGCGAUUUCGAUGAAUCAGACAAUGAUGUUCCUUUUGAGGAGGGGAUUCUAGAUGCAAGAAAGUUCUUAAACGAUGGGCAACAAAACGAAGACUUGUUAGAUGAAGAGAUUGAUUCUGAUGAAGCGUUGGCGAGUGAUGAUGAUUACGAUGUUUUAAAUAGCAAGUUUUCCCAAACGAUACGAGACAAAGCCAAGAGAAAGAAAAUAGGUCAAGACAGCGAUAGCGAUGAAGAGAGUGAGAUUGACGUUGAUGAUGAUGCGGCAUACGAUAGCAUUGAUGAAGGCCAGUUAGUUACAUUGUCGGAAGCUUGGGAUAUGGAUGACCGCGAUCUUGCUCAGGUUAAAGGAAGCAAAGAAUCAAAAGAGUUGGUGCUUAAUGAUGAGUGGGAGUCUGAGAGCUCAUCCAGUGGUGAAGAAGAGGACAAUGAAGGCGACGAUGACGACGAAGAAGACGAAGGAGUAGAGGAAGAUUGGGGUGAUACAACUAAAGUCUCAUCAUCUGAUCUGGAGCCUGAAUCCGAAGAAGGGGACUCUGAAGAAGAAGAAGAAGAAGAAGACAUAUUUGCUCACGAAUCAGGCGAUGAAGAUGGCGAGGUUGAUCUUGUAAAGACCACAGGAAUGUUGGAAAAGGAACUUGAAUUGGCAAAGCCCAAGGAGCGCAAAAAGUUUAUCGCCGAAACUCGUUCUGAGAAUGAGUUCAGCGUCCCAUCAAAUGGUCAAAAAUUGUCAUUAACAGACAUGAUGAAGGGUGUCAGUGGUGUUGAUAACAUCCUCAUUGAUCAGAAUGCGAAAGCGGUAGCUACUCCGUUACCCAAGCGUAUUCAACAGAGAAAUGAUCGUGGAGCAGCUUAUGAAUUAGCCAAGAAGGAAGUGAGUAAAUGGAGUGAUACCGUACAGCAAAAUAGGCAAGCUGAGGUACUCAAAUUUCCCAUGCAACAGCCAGAUCAAAUAAAUGACUCUGCAUUGACGUUUAGAGCAGACAAUCAUGCACCUACAACAGCAUUGGAGAAAAAGGUUAAUGAUUUACUUACGCGGUCGGCGUUGGUUGAUGAUAAGAAGGAAGCCACAUUUGAAGAAAUUGCCAUGGCUAAGAUGUCACCUGAGGAAUUGCGCAAGCGUACCAACGAAUUGAGACUUAUGAGAGAAUUGAUGUUUAGAGAUGAACGUAGAGCCAAGAGGUUGAAAAAGAUCAAGUCCAAACAAUACCACAAAAUCAAGAAACGGGAAAGAUUGAGAAACCAGGAAUUGGGUGAUGAGGCGGAGGAUGCGGAUGACGCUGAAGAAGAUCGCGAUAUGGAAAGAGCCAAGGAGAGAAUGAGUUUGAAACACAAGACUGGGCUGAAAUGGGCCCAGUCUAUGAUAAAGAGUGGAUUGUCAAAAGAUGCCUCGAAUAGAGAAGAGUUGGAAGAGAUGUUGAGGCAGGGUGAACGAUUGCGGGAAAAGCAAUUGGGGAGAAAAGGUGGCGAAGGUGAUGACGACGACGAUGAGGGAAUUUACAGCGAUGAUAACUUGGAUCGACUCGAACGUGAGUAUGCAAAAGAUGUUGAAGGGGUGGAUAGAAGCAAGAUUGGUAAAGGUGUGAUGGCGAUGGAUUUCAUGAAGAAUGCCGAAAAGAGGAAAAAAGAAGAAAACUUAAAACAGAUUGAGCAGUUGAGACGAUUAGAAAAUGGUGAGAAUACGGGACUUGAUUUAUUUGAGGAGGAUAAUGGUUUGGUUAAUGUCAAGAAGAAUACAGGGAGACGAGUUUACAAUGCAGCAGCUAUUGAUGACACUGAUUUGAAUGAAGAAAUUAGGCAAGAAGUUGACGAUGAUAAUGCUAAGUCAUUGGAUGCAAAGAUUGGCACUGUGAGGGUUGUUGAGCAAGAAAGAACGGAACGCAAACCUGAAGAGGCUGCCGAAAUUGAAAAGGUUGUUGUUGACGAAACGAAUCCUUGGCUCGCGUCGUCUACAUCUGUUAUCAACAAUGAGCCUCGCCAAAAAUCAAGUAAAAUCAACACUUUGAUUGAUGAAAACUCAUCGAAACUUGCUAAAGCUGCUGCAAAAAUUGCCAAACGUAAACAAAAGCAACAUAAUGACACAGAAUCUUUAAUUGACGUCAACAAGACAUUAGCCAUUUCUGAUGUUCAUAACGACAACGAUUCCGACGAAGGCGAACCCAUCGAUACUGAUUCAGUACCUACAAUGUUUAAGCAAAAGGAUUUAAUCAAAGAAGCAUUCGUUGGUGAUGACGUUGUUAGUGAGUUCCAACUGGAAAAGAAACGAAUGAUAGAGGACGAAGACGACAGGGAGGAAGAUGUAACUUUACCAGGAUGGGGUGAUUGGGCUGGUGGGUCUUCCAAAAACAACAAGAACAAGAAACGUAAAUUUGUCCGCAAGAUCGAUGGUGUUGCACAACGUGAUAAACGUAAAGACAAGAAUCUAUCCAAUGUUAUUAUAAACGAAAAAUUGAACAAGAAAAUACUCAAAUAUCAAUCGCUGGAUGUUCCUUAUCCUUUCGAAACUAGAGAACAAUACGAGCGGUCAUUACGAAUGCCAUUGGGCCAGGAAUGGACGAGUCGAGAAACACACCAGAAAUUAACCAUGCCUAGAGUCAUUACCAAACAAGGUGUUGUUAUUGAUCCAUUAAAAGCUCCAUUUAAGUAG